UGAAAGCCCUGUGACUGACCCCAGCAGAUUUGUUUGACCCUACAGGCUCUCCGUACUACAAUAACGUCAGACCCCUGUGCUACAGCGACUCAGACGCUGUGCUCCUCUGUUUCGACAUCAGCCAACCAGACUCAUUUGACGGUGCACUGAAAAAGGUAAGGCCCUUGUCUUUGUGAUCAUCAUUGCUGUUGUCAAUUUCUUCUUCCUCCUCAUCGUUUGCCAUCAUCACAUUCAUCAUGAUCAUUCUCUCUGUGCACACGUUACAUCUGUGGUGAUGAUACAUUAUAACAACCUCCUGACAGCCAUAUGUCCUUUUCGUUGCAGUGGAAGACAGAGAUCUUGGAUUUCUGCCCCAGCACACGCAUCCUCCUGAUAGGCUGUAAAACAGACCUGCGCACAGACGUGUGUACGCUCAUGGAGCUGUCCAAUCAGAAGCAGACACCCAUCUCACAUGAGCAGGUGAGUCUUACAUAUUUCUCUCUCUCUCUCUCUCUUUGGUCUCUCGCUUUCUCCGUCUCACUCCUGUUCUUUCCCCUUCUUGCUGCAGGGCUCCUCCAUGGCCAAGCAGCUAGGUGCAGAGGCCUACUUGGAGUGUUCGGCCUUCACCUCAGAGAAGAGCAUUCACAGUGUCUUCCGUACUACAGCCCUGGCCUGCAUCAGCAAGCUGCAGCCCUCCACCAAGACCAGCCCCGCCCGACGCCUCUCCAAGAGACUCCUUUUCCUGCCCAGCAAGUCUGACCUCCUCUCCUCCACCUUCGGCAAGGACAAGGCCAAGGGCUGCUCCAUCAUGUGAGGGAGGGGGAAGAACCCAGACUGGGGUGGCCAGAGAUGCACGCCAUUGAACAGUCCAACGGGCAAAAGGGGGUGCAAGGUGGUAGAGGGGCAGGGGAAUCGGAAGUAAGGGGGAAGGAAGGGGUUUCUCUUGAACCCCUCUGGCCUCCCCCAACGUCCUCCCCAGUCACCACCACCACUGACGCCUCUCUUAAAAAAAACUGCCACCCCUCCAUGGUUUACUCUGUAUAGGAUAUACUGGUCCUCUUCAUGAUCACCCCCCCACAAGCACACACAGACCCAUACACACCACACCAUCAUAGCUUUGUGUAGACUUCCUUUUAUAAUGACAGUGAGAGCAAAAGGUGGCAACUAAAUUAUUUGUUAUUUUGCCCACACUCAUGAUAGGUGUGUGUUUUAGGGAGGUGAUAAUUUACAGCAUUCCAGUUCUAGAAAGUUGUGUACUACUCACAGGUACACAACAGCAUGCACUUCAAGGUGUUAACCUGAAACAUUGUGGAGGCCUCUGCUGUUACUAUAGCAGCUAGCUAACGCUCCUCUCUACGCAGUGCUGUGUGCCAGUUAGAGCUGAUUUAGGGUAAGUUUCUACACUCUUUCUUUUCCGAGAAAAUAGCAGUUGUAAACAUGGCAUCUCAUCACGUUUCUUCUGUGAGACCUCUUUGGAAUGUCGACGUGUGUGCUCUCUGCCAUCCAUCUGUCAUCCUUGCUCUAGAUGAAAGUUUUAACUUGAAAAGGAUAAGGUGGCCACCUCUACAUUCCGGGCAAUGAGAUGGAACGGUACCCAGAGUACCCAGAGUAAUGCAACUGGGGGGGUUGAGAGAGUGGGCCUUAAAGGAAUUAUUUCCAUGGUGACCUUUGCAGUUAUUAUUUUAGGAAAUUGAAUCUGUCAGUAAUGAAACAGGAUCUGGGGGAGGGAUUUAGCAAGCACACCACUCUUAAAAGAGGCAGUGGGGAGGAUGGACUGAUAGAGUGUAUGUCUGAAGAAGUGCAAUAUGACUCAAUGUUCAAUGGGCUACUAACAGUAAGAUGGAGGACAUGCUUUGCUGUGACCAGGGAAGAACUGGGGAUGAUGGAAAGACAGAUUUCUCUUCAGUCACUCUUUCAGUCCUGAUGGCCUCUCUUCUUCAUCUCAAUUUGUUUAACUUCAGACAUUGAUGGAGUGGAAUGACAUUACAGUAGGCCACCUAUACUGUUUUUAUUAAGAUGAUAAACAGAGCUGGCUUGACUGCAGCACUGGUGGUGGUUUCCCCACUUAAAAACUAAUCGUGUUUAAAUUUUUUAUAAAAAACAUGAAUUAAUUGAAUGUGAGCCACCUGUUUCCUCUGAUAUGAAAGGAGAAGAGUCCUGGUUCCUCUAAACCUCAUUUGGAUAAUUCUUCAUCUUAAAUCCACUGGCCUUACAGUUACGUAACACAUAAAAGAGAAAUAAUCCUUAACUUUGAGCUUUUAACCAUAGCAUUGAAAGAGUCAAGAGCUCACUCACUAUGCCUCAACAAGCUCACUGGUGGUGGGAAUCAGCUGAGUAUGUCAUUGUCAACACUGGGCUGAAAGAGAAGUCGCCUUCCUGCUCCACAAUUGGUCACCUGAGAUGAGACUCUCUGGAGUCGUCAUUCUUGUAGUAUGGCUGGCCAUUAUUGAUGAGAGUACAGGAUCAAGGCCUUUACAAAGAUGGGUAUCUCAUUCAUACUUUGUGGAGAGCUUAAGAAAUGUAGAUGGGG